AGAUUGAAAGCGGUUUCGAAUAAUUGUCCCGACACUGUCUUCUUCCCUGCUUCGGAGCCGUUUCGCUCAAAUCCAAAACCCACUGUCGUUCAGUUGUCUUGCCUACAUGACCACUGACCGGAGCACCACGCUUCUCUGCUGCCCUGGUAAUGACUGACUCCAAUUCUGACGCCGACAUCGCCGAGCUGGUUUCCUCUAUAGUUAACUCGGCACUGCCCGAAUGUGAUCAAGUAAGUCAUUCAGUGCUACUAUCGACGGAGAGUCAACCUAUGACGUUUCCACGGCAAAGUGAGGAAGGAGUCACACCGUGGCACCAGGGCGGAGCAGCUGUGAGGGAAGAGGAACGACAAAAUGUGAUAGAGCGUCGCUCGAGGGAGUUUACGCAAAUGGCCAGGGGUUUGGUUUCAAGACCCCAGGGGCCCAACUUUGACACCAGCCAAAGUUACUUCCCUUGGUUUUCAGACCUUAGAACUUUGAGGCCUGUGACUGUGACGGUGGAGCGUUCAACUCAAACACUGACAGUAGCCAUUGCAAGAUUCCCUGUGGAGAGUCGUAGCUUCCCAGUGCCUUGGAGUCGACGACUUCGUACCGCCUCGGCAGCAACGCAAACUGAGACAAACACUUGGAGACACAGUCCACCUGUGGACAGGCCAGUGGUGCCCACAUGGGACACUCUGCCGGAAGAGAUGUUCUUUAUGGAUGACCUCACUCCUCACCCUCUGGACGCCAGCCUUGACGACGCAUACUUUUCCGCCUCCCUGGACAGUUUCAGUCUCCAAGGCACUACCCAUCAUGAACUAUCACCCCAUGUCACAAACUUUUACGACGACUCCCCAGCUAGUGCUUCCUUCCAUGAAACUUCUGUCUCCCGUAUUUGGUUCCUCGAGGGACUACGAGCAAGAUGGCCCACGACAUUACCACAGAGGGAAGAUGACGUAGUUAUCAUCUUUUCAUCCGUUGGAAAGAAACGUACCGUGGCCACCAACACACUUCACGUGGGCUGGAGACGCCAACGACCGCCUCCCACUCGCCUACGGUUACGGAAGCUCUCCCUGGGCUGGCUUAGUAACCCUGUCACCACUGAGGCUGCUACCCAGACUGACGAAUAACUGUUAAAUUUUACGUUUUCGCGUGAUUCUGUGUUUUGCCUUAGUUUUGUUGUUAAAUUAGUUAAUGAACAACAAGAACAUCUGUCGAUUGUAAGGUGACUCUUACAAAGUGAUAAAGAAGAAAAAUCCUCUUGACAUUUUUAACCAAUAAAUAUGAAAAGGACAUAAAUGUACAUUGAUUUGAACUUGUAGGAAGAAGAUAAUGAGCUAUCCUGAAAAAUAUUUAGUACUACACGACCCUGAAGUUCUGCAUGUGUGGACGGUGACGAAUCAAGUAGAGGACGGUGACGACCAUCUCCAGUGUUCCGUGACAACAUAACUCUCCUUCCAGCAGCCUGGAACAUCCGGUAAUGACGAGCAGUGACUCACCACACGUGAUGGACUGAUGACAGAAGUGGUGGCAGAGACAAGAUGAAAC